GUAUAUGUACGUAUGUGUGAGUGUGCGUGCAAAGUAGACGGCGAAAUUAUAUUUUCAUUGUCCGUCGGAUUUCUUUUUAAAAAUUCUUCCAAGAAAAUAGUAUUUCGGAGAUUUCAAAACUUCCAAAUAAACUACAGAUUCUAUUUGCAAUAUCGAAUGUAAAUUGUAUUUUAAAGUGCACUAAGGUAAUGAAGAUUUAUUCAAGUGUUUGCUAUGUACAUAUGUAGAUCCGUGAUGAAGCAACAGUGACUCGCUGUUAAGCCAGGAAGAAAAGAAGCAGUGUGUAAUAGAAUAUAAGUCGAAAUAAAUGAAACAAAAGUAAAAAGUAUAAUUGAAUUUCACGGUGUAAACUUUGAAUAUUCGGCACAAACGAGCAUGAAUAUUAUUUGAUGUAAAGGCACUAACGUCGUUGCUGUCUACUUGGUGAAACCAUAUACGUGAUGUGAAAUUAUGUAAAAGUUGAAAAAGUAAAUAAAUUCGAGAAAAAUUAAUUGUCGAUGAGCAAAUAUAUGUUAAACCAUACAAAGAACCCCAUAGUUUGUUUCGUUCGGAAGUAAAAUUCCGCAAGUGGUUUCCGCCGCGUAUACAUGCAUACAAACCAACGUCGCGUGACCUCAUCAGUUCGCCUCCAACGUCUGCAACACCAUCCAACUGUCUGCAAAUCAACGUUUGACCAAGCCACAUUCAAACUUAUAGGCAGACAGUCCGUCAGGCAAACACACAGCAUUUGGUAUUUGCCGUUGUUCGCGAUUCGGUAUAUUUCCUUCUAUUAUUACCAUAUUUUUUAAUCUUUUUUGUUACCCACUUCUUACGUAUUUUUGUAUAUGUAAGUAUUGUUAACGUUUCAUGUUUCGUAUCUCGUUCACAAACUUCUAUUCUGUCUGUUUGCCUGCCUGGCAGUCUGACUGUAGGUAUGAAUGGUCGCUCGGUUGUGCUGUAUUUUUUGUUUGUUUUGCUGAGUGGCCCAGAGACUGACUGACUGAGUGACUGACUGACUUUGGCUCUUGUCUCUUUGUUGCGUUGCACUAUAGUCGUCUUCCGUUUGCUCAACGCGAUUUGGCCGCACUUUGUAAUACUUCACAUGAACUGCUGAGUUUGCAGACAAAGUUGUAGCGAAAAAUUAAUAUCACUCCCGAAGCCUUGCCACGCUCACAAAACACCACUUGCUUGCCCCUUUGCGGUGGUGGCCUUAUCGCAAACCAACCUCAAAUCACCAUUUCAGCAACAAGAGCAAAAAAAAAAAUAAUAAAAAGCGCGGUCUAUAAUUUAAAAAACAACAAAAACUCAAGUAAAUCGGUAACAGUAACGGCCAUUGUAUUACAAAUAAGCAAGAACGUAAAUCUUAAAAAUAUACUAUUGGAUAGCAAGCCAAAAGCAAAUCAAAUAAAAGAAUAAAUAAAUAGCGAAAACGGUGGAAAAAGUUAAAUUUAAUUGUGCUCAACUGUGUACAAGCAAUGACCGAAUGAACAGGCAUAAAUAGGGGUGAAUAAUAAGCAAAAAGAGAGAGACCAUGUCUCCAAGUGCGCCAGACUACAUCACAUAACCCUUCAGCGGGAUGGCACGGCAACAAUAGUAAACAAAGAAUACUUCAAAAAAAAAAAAUAAAUAAAUAAAUAAAUAAAAGACAAAAGUGUAAACGCGAUAAAAAGCACUGUGCAAUAGUGUAGUGUCACGAUCGUACGAAAAGAAAUUAGGGAAAUUGAGAAAAAGUAUUUUGUAAAAAUUUUAACCGUAGAGGAAGUAUGAAUACGUAAGGCAAACAAAUAAGCUCCAUUGUCGAAAGUGCCAAAACUCGCGCAAGACCCCCAACAAAAACGCUUACAACUACACAAUGUCUGCAAAGGUUAGAGUGCAUGGUGAAUAAGUAACGACUACAACAAACCAUAGUGAUUUGAUAAAAACACGAAAAAUUUGUCACCAGCAAUAAAGACAAUAGAUGGGCGAAGGGCGAAAGGCGUUUAACGACCUAAAAAGCUACAGCAAAACAAAAGCCGUGCUUUUUUUUUUUGUUUUGUUUUGUUUACUUGCUGAACUUCUAAGCUUCUUGUUAAAAAUAUACAGCAGUGCCAUUCAAGAAAUUUUCUUUACAGCAAUUCAACGCGCGCUAUUACCAACCAGCAUACUUUGCGUCUUGUGGCGGAAGUGUUGCGCUUUUUGUAUGCACAAUUUCAUUUUAAUGACGCUGGCUCUGUGGCGUUGUCACCAGCAAACAACCCACAUCACCCAAGGGGGCAUUGUCUGAAAUAAAAUUUAUAACGAUAAUGCUAUACGCUGUCGCUGCCGCUGCCGACGAGUGGCAAGCCAAUACAAAAGCGUGCAACUGAUGCUACUAUGCGGUGGAGUACAGUUUGUGCGAUAAACAAGUACAACAACAACAAUAAUAAUAAUAAUAAUAACACUGACAACAACGAUAGUAAUACAAUAAAGACAAUACAAAUAAUAAUAAUAAUAAUUAAAAUAAAUCCCUUUGUUUGUGUUAAAUUGAAUGCUAAGCAACAGAGUAAAUUGAAUAUAAGUGAAAGAGAUCACAAUAAAAACAACAACAGAAGUAAUCAAAUCGAAACGAUACGGCAUGGAUGAGGAACGGAAGAGACGCGCCCAAACAUUGGAGCGUGAGAUGCGUGAUCCCCACAGUAUUUGCAAUAUCGAUUGCCUGCUCGACACAGUGACGGCGCUUGUGAACGAUUGCGAUCAUGAAUCAUUGAAGCGUCUAAAGAACAUCGAACAAUAUGCGUCCAAGUAUAAACCGGUCUCGAAGCAAAUUUGCCAACUGCGCAUGAAUAUCGAGGAUUUUGAUUUCAUCAAAUUAAUUGGCGCCGGCGCUUUUGGCGAAGUGCAAUUGGUGCGGCAUAAAUCGUCGCGGCAGGUGUACGCCAUGAAGCGGCUCUCGAAAUUCGAGAUGAUGAAGCGUCCCGACUCGGCAUUCUUCUGGGAGGAGCGCCACAUUAUGGCACACGCCAACUCCGAGUGGAUAGUGCAGCUGCAUUUCGCUUUUCAGGAUGCCAAAUAUCUCUACAUGGUUAUGGACUAUAUGCCGGGCGGCGAUAUUGUCUCGCUCAUGUCUAUGUAUGAGAUACCGGAGAAGUGGGCUAUCUUCUACACCAUGGAGGUUGUGCUCGCGCUCGAUACAAUACACAAUAUGGGCUUUGUGCAUCGUGACGUGAAGCCGGACAAUAUGCUGCUCGAUCGGCAUGGUCAUUUGAAGUUGGCCGAUUUCGGCACAUGCAUGCGCAUGGGUCCGAAUGGUUUGGUGGUGUCGAGUAACGCUGUUGGCACGCCUGAUUACAUUAGUCCUGAGGUAUUGCAAUCACAGGGUGUCGAUAAUGAGUAUGGACGGGAGUGUGAUUGGUGGUCUGUGGGCAUUUUUCUGUACGAAAUGCUUGUGGGUGAUACUCCAUUUUAUGCGGACUCACUUGUGGGCACCUACGGAAAAAUUAUGGAUCAUAAGAAUUCGUUGAGCUUUCCCGCUGAGGUGGAGAUAAGCGAGCGCGCCAAGUCGCUGAUGCGCGCUUUUCUCACCGAUCGCACACAACGUUUGGGUCGUCAUGGCAUUGAUGAAAUUAAAGCGCAUCCAUUUUUCGAAAAUGACACAUGGACCUUUGACAAUAUACGUGAUAGUGUGCCGCCUGUGGUGCCAGAGCUGACCUCGGAUGAUGAUACGCGCAAUUUUGAGGAUAUCGAGCGUGAUGAGUCGCCGGAGGAGGUGUUUCCCGUACCGAAAACUUUUGAUGGCAAUCACUUGCCAUUCAUCGGCUUCACAUACACAGGCGAUUACCAGCUCCUUACAAACGACACUGUCGACGCUGAGGCCAAGGAGUCGGUGAAUGCCAUACCAAAUCACAGUCACCGCCAUCGGCCGUCCAAUUCAAAUGAAAUAAAACGUCUCGAGGCUUUGCUCGAACGUGAACGAAAUCAUUCCGAGACACUGGAGAAGCAAGACAAGGCAUUGCGUCAUCAAAUCGAAUUGAUUAGCAAACGUGAAGCCGAAUUGCAGCGCAUCGCCUCCGAGUAUGAAAAGGAUUUAGCCUUACGGCAGCACAAUUACAAAGUGGCCAUGCAAAAAGUCGAGCAGGAGAUAGAGCAACGCAAAAAGACUGAGGCACUGCUCGCCGAGACGCAGCGCAAUCUCGAUAACGAACAGAAAAUACGCACGCGCGAAAUGAACAAUAAUCAGCAUCACAAUGAGAAGAUUGUAACGCUGGAGAAGCAGCUAAAAGAAAUGGAGGAGAAUUUCAAAAACGAAAAUGAGCAUGUGCAAAAGCUCAAGAAGCAAGUGGCCGAAUUGGGCUUAACACUGCAGGAAUUGGAGGGCAAAUUGGCGCAAUCGCAGGCGUUGAUUGCCGCAUUACAGACGCAGAAAGAUGCACUGCAGCAGGAAGUGGCCGAGACGCAAGCACUGCUGGCCCAAGAGAAAAAUGCACGCUCGCAACUUAAAGAACUCGUUAAGGAGUCUGAGAAUAAAAUUCAAACAAUGUCCAAUGACUUGGAACGUGUAGCAACGCGUGAGCAGCAAGCGCAUGAGGAUAACCGUGUGUUGACGGAGAAAAUUUCUGAUUUGGAGAAGGCGAAUGCUAGUCUAGACUUUGAGCUCAAAGCGAUGCAGAGCCGAUAUCAGCAGGAGGUAAAGGCGCAUCAAGAGACCGAGAAGUCGCGCAUGCUCAGCCGUGAAGAGGCGAAUCUACAGGAGGUGAAAGCUCUGCAGACCAAGCUGAACGAAGAGAAAUCCGCACGCAUCAAAGCUGAUCAAAAUUCCCAAGAAAAGGAACGCCAGUUGAAUAUGUUGUCAGUGGAUUAUCGUCAAAUGCAGCAGCGCUUGCAAAAACUCGAAGGCGAAUGUCGUCAGGAGACGGAGAAAGUAAUGGCACUGCAAUCGCAAAUCGAACAAGAACACAGCAAAAAGAACUCACUACUAUCCGAGUUGAGUUUGCAAAGUUCCGAAGUUGCGCACCUCAAGUCGCGUGAAAAUCAACUGCAGAAAGAGGUUAGCUCCUUGCGUGAGGCGAAACGUAAAUUCGAAGAAGAGAUUUCUCAAAUCAAAAACACAUUGAAUAAGGAGAUCCUCAUGAAACGCGAGUACCAAGAUCAAUUAGAAGCCGAACAGUAUUUCUCACGCCUCUACAAGACGCAAGCGAACGAACAUCGCGAAGAGAUCUCAGAGCGUUGUCGUGAAAUACAAGAUCUAAAGGAGGAACGCACAUCACUGAAACACCAAGUGCAAGUGGCAGUUGCGCGUGCUGACUCCGAAGCGCUGGCGCGUUCCAUUGCCGAAGAGACCGUCGCUGACUUGGAGAAAGAAAAGACAAUUAAAGAGUUCGAGUUGAAGGACUACAUGACGAAAUAUCGCAAUGAAGUCACUGCCAAGGAAGCGAUACAAAGCGCAGCUAAAGAAACAGAAUCUGAAUUUGUUAAGAAACUGAAUCAAAAGAAUGCCGAAAACGAAGAACUUUUGCAGCAGCAAAAGAAAUUGCAAGAUGAAUUGAAACAACUGCGCGAUAGCAGCGCUGAGGAGCUUUCAAAGUUGAAGGACAAACUGCAAACGGAAAUGUUGUUGAAGCAGGUUGCUGUAAACAAACUGACCGAGGUGAUGAAUCGCCGAGAUACGGAUCUGCAAAAACAAAAAGGCAAAGCGCGCUCUUCCGCCGAGUUGCGUAAGAAGGAGAAAGAAAUGCGUCGCCUACAACAAGAACUCUCACAAGAGCGCGAAAAAUACAAUCAGCUGUCGCUCAAACUGCAAGAUGUACAAAGUCAAAUCAUCGAAGACAGUCAUAUCAAACAAAAGCUGCAAAUGGAAAUCGACUGUAAGGCCACAGAAAUCGAACAGCUGCAGUCCAAACUCAAUGAAACCGCCUCUCUAUCAUCAGCCGACAAUGAUCCCGAAGACACGCAAGUGGCUGACUCGGUAUUCGAGGGCUGGUUAAGUGUGCCAAAUAAACAAAAUAUACGCCGUCAUGGCUGGAAGCGUCAAUAUGUGAUUGUGUCAUCGCGCCGAAUUAUUUUUUACAAUACCGAAAUCGACAAACAGAAUACAAUUGAUCCUGUGCUUAUAUUAGAUUUAAGCAAAGUAUUCCAUGUGCGUUCAGUAACGCAAGGUGAUGUGAUACGCGCCGAUGCCAAAGAAAUACCACGCAUUUUCCAACUCUUAUAUGCCGGUGAGGGUGAAGCGCGAAGACCGGACGAACAAAAUCAACUCGAUAUUAGUCAGUUGUUGACGGACGAACGGCCGAGCACGAUUAUGUACAAAGGCCACGAGUUCGUGCAUAUAACGUAUCAUAUGCCAACUGCCUGCGAAGUCUGUACAAAACCAUUAUGGCACAUGUUCAAACCGCCAGCGGCGUAUGAAUGUAAACGUUGCCGCAAUAAAAUCCACAAGGAGCAUGUUGACAAUAAUGAUUUAUUGGUGCCGUGUAAACUGCAUCAUGAUCCACAUACUGCCAAAGAAAUGUUGCUGCUGGCCGGCACACCCGACGAGCAGCAUGUGUGGGUGACACGACUCUCUAAGCGCAUACAAAAGUUUGGCUACAAAGCCAAUUCUUCAUCAAACAAUAAUAGUAGCGGCGGUGAUGGCAGUAAAAUAUCGCCAAGUCAAUCAACGCGUUCUGCUUACAAGCCAUACGCAGUUAACGUACAAAGAUCUGCGACGCUGCCUGCUAAUACGUCACUCAAGCAGUGAAACUGGUAGAAUGAAAAGUGAAAAUACAAAAAUACUAAAAUACAAAAAAAAAAA